UUCACAACCUGUAUCGCUGUACACUGAGUGGAACCCACGGAUUUUUUCAUAGGUUCCGGAAAUAUUUGCACACAUCGGUUUUAGUUUUAUUUGAAAUAGUGAGACAUACUAGUACCCCAAGUGCUAAUCUCAUCAUCUUGUAAAGCUGCAGCUGAUUGUUGUUUGAAUUUAGCUACUCUUGAAUUUAUGGAGCGUCUGAAGUUAAUUUUGCAGUAUUUCCAAUCCAACUCUGAAUCAAUCUCCAAUGGGAUUUGUAUCCUCCUCGCCUUGGUUAGUGUCAAACUUUACACCAGCUUUGACUUCAACUGUCCGUGCCUUCCUCAGUACAACAAACUGUACUCUUUGGGAGUGAUGGUCGUUCCACCCAUUAUCCUUUUCUUCCUGGGUGUCCUGGUCAAUCGACAUACAGGUGUCAUGAUGGAUGAGUGGAUUCGACCUGUUGGAAAACGGUCUAAAAAUCCAGCUGUGGUGAAAUAUUUAUUCUCAGCCAUGGUCCAGCGGGCCCUCCUUGCACCAAUGGUAUGGAUCCUAGUCACCUUGCUGGAUGGAAAAAUAUUCAUCUGUGCCUUCAGUCUGAGUGUCGAUCCUGUACUGUUCUCAGGUUUGCCCAACAACACUGGACUGGAUGUGAUCAACAUCAUGGCUAAAGUGCCCUGCAAGGAGGAUGUCAUCUUCAGGAAUAGCUCUUUCCACAAAGCAGUAUCUCGUUAUGUUCGCUGCUAUUCACAAGCAGUUGGCUGGUCCAUCCUCCUUUUCCUGAUUAUGCUGGGAGCACUGGGACGACUCAUCAAGCCGUGUUUUGAUGACCAUGCCACCUUCCUGCAAACACGCUACUGGAGCAACUACCUUGAUAUGGAGCAGAAGCUUUUUGAUGAAACAUGUGUCCUCCACGCGCGAGACUUUGCCCGGACAUGUGUGGUGCAGUUCUUUGAAGACAUGAGGGAGGAUGUUGAAAUGUGUCCCCCACAUCCUCAAUCCAUUGAACACUUCGAGGAGGAGUGGGAAGAGGAAGCGCGGGAGAGACUUCAUGGGAUAACAAAGCAAGAGCAAGUGGACAACCUACUCAAUAAAUGGUAUUUCGGUAAACCUGAACUGGAUGUUACCAAAGCUGCCUACCGGCCCAGGAUGUGUGUGACCUGCAAAAAUGAAAAGGGAAAUCUUUUAUUAGUCUGAACUUUUGGGUAAAUGCCGGAUGCAUCAAUAACUACUAUUGGAUCAUGCUGUAGAAAUGGAACAAUAUUACCUGAAAACACAACUGUUAAUUGAUAAUAUUGUCUUAUAGUAAAGGUCGUCUUGAAUGUUUUAGACUAAUAAAUAGCUGCGUGUGCUGUUGCACAUUGCUUUAAGAAGGUCAUCCCAGAAGCCCAAUCUUAGCCAGCUUUAUUCAUUCCAAAACCAGAUUUGAGGAUCAUUGUGCUGUUGGAACACCCAAUAAUGUCCAAGUUUCAGCCCUCUACUUGUUAAUUUGAGGUAUUUAAAAAAAAUAAUUUUUAGUUAGUCCUGCAGCUUGAUCUUUCAAUCCACUUUGUGCAGUGCUCCAGUGGCACUGGCAGCAAAACAACCCCAGAGCAAGAUGAUACCACCACCGUGCUUGACUCAUCCAAACAUAUUGUUUUUGUCAUUGCAGCCAUACAGCUUAAUCUUUGUCUCAUCUGACCAUAAAGCUAUUGUCCAGAAGGUAUUUGGCUCUCAGUCCAGGCCGAUGCAAAACUUGUUUUACUGGUGCUCCAGCAAUUUCCACUUAAUUCCUUGGUGGUUCCUGGAUUGUUCCUGAACAUCCUAACCAUUUCUGAGGUUGACCGUUUGGAUGUUCCCAGACCCCAGGAAAGCGGUGACAAAUAACUUGUUUUAAAUUAUAUUUGAUAUUAUAAUUCUACUACUACUGCUGACUACUACUACUGUCCACUUGCUGCUAUAAUAAAGUAAU